AAGAAAAGAAAUACAAGUAUAAAAUAGAAUAAGGAAACAAUAACAAACAAUAGAACAAUUUCUUUCACAACAAGGAGAUAACAUACCGAUUUUCCAUUAUUCUUUAUGCGUUAAACUUUUAAAAAACGUUUUUGACUUUUGAAACUCUGAAAUUUCCAAGCUCUUUCUAGAACACUUUUGAGCAAAAUGUCAAAAUUUCUGAAUUUUCUGCAGCAUUUCCACUUUUCAAAUUCUGAAACUUUGAGUUUUUUUUCUAGAAUGUUUUUGAGAUUUUUCUACCUAAAAUGAUCCUAAUACGCCUUCAUAGGAACAGUUAAUCUGUUUUUUUUUCACAACUAAAAUAGUCAAAGAAUUAUGAUUCAGCAGUAAACGUAUUAGUGCCCUCUGGUGUUCAGAGGAGGAAGUUCCUGGUUUAUCAGUGAAGCAGGAAGAGAAGCAGAGUUAGAAACCAUCAGCAGCUCAGGAUGAAGGUUCGUCUCACUCUGAUCUGCCUCUUCUUCCUCACAGCUCUGCAGGAUGGAGAAACUCUGAGAACCUACACAGAAAAUGAAGGAGGAAGCAUCACAGUUAGAUGUGAAUUUGGUUACUCUGGAGUGAAAAGGUUCCUUUGUAAGAAAACUUGUGAAGGAAAAAAUAUUCUCAUUGUAACAACUGAAGAAACAGAUCAGAGAGGCAGAUUCAGCAUCAGAUAUGAAAAAAGAAAUAUUUUUUCAUCUGAUUUUCUGUAUGUGAGCAUCACUGAUCUGAAACCGUCAGACUCAGGACGGUACCGGUGUUGCUCUGAUGAAACCUUAGAUGGAACUCUAUACGAUGAUUUUUAUCUUGUUGUGAUUGAAGCUUCUACCACAACCGCAACAACAACAUCAAGAAGAACGACAGCAGCAACAGCAACAGCAGCAACAGCAGCAGCAACAGCAACAGCAGCAACUCAGAGUCAGAGUUUCUCUCUUUCUCCAUCUGAAUCCGUCAAACUCUCUGAGAAACCAGUUGCAGCUUCUGGUUCACCAUCUGUUCAUGUUGAUGAGAUGAUUUGGGUCUGUUAAAGUUCAUCAGCGACAUUCAGAGCUGUUAAAGGAAAAACCUCUUAGUAAUAAAUUUCAAAACUCUCACGAUUAAAUAAAUAAAUACAAAAACAAAAGGGGGUAAACCAACAUCUGAUUCGUUUAAAAAGUUUUGUUCUUGGGUUCAUUUUAGUUUAUUGAAGGACAAAGAGAAUAUCAGAACUCCCACAGAUGGUGGUUUACUGACUCAAUGGAUGAAAACCCACAAAGACCUUAACUCUCAGUAUGCAAGUUAAAAAAAGGGAAAAUGUUUUCACAUUUGUUGAAAUUGUCACAGUGUAAUACAAGACAGUUAAUUUAUGAAAAGAUCAAUUUCCUCCACCUCCUCUCUGAGCUACUAUUGCUGUCUGAAGAAAUGCAACCAAUCAGAGCCAGGAGGCGGGUCUUAGCGCUGUCAAUCAAUGCUAAUGGCAGAGAACCAACUUAUUGUUACAUGAAAAUCAUCUUUCUACCAUCGUCAUCGGUGGCUAUGCUAGUUUUAGCAUUUAUGGCAAAAAGCUGAUUUAGUUGGACAGAGACACAUCCAGGACGAGGCUGUGAUAGUUAUUUACUUUACUGUAGUUUAGUUUCAUUUUUGUGACUUUUUUUCUAAUUCAGUUAGUUUUAAGUAGUUUUUUAGUGUGUUUGCUCGUUUAUUAGUUAUUAUUGAUUAAAAUUGAUUAAAUAUUGCUUAGUUCCAGUUUAGUUUUUAUUAGUUAUAGUAAUAGUUCUAAGUUUUUGAAUUCUGGACCUAAAGAUUAACUAAAGCAUUGUAUUGUGAUUGUUCAUACAUCGAUUGGGUAAUGAAUAUUUAACAGAGGAUACAAUUUAAAAGUUUUGCUGUCGUCGUUUGUAGGUUUCCUCUUUGGUUCUUUAUGCUGCAAACUGUAGACAUCCAAUAUGUUAUAUUAAUACAGAGAAAUGUGUAGAAAUGCUGACAUUUAAAUGUUACUUGAAAGAUAAAUGUCAUCAGCUGUUGGAUCAGAUGCACCACAUUUACCACUUUUCCUGAUCAAACCAAACUGUUUUCUCUUCAACGCCCCUGCAGAUCUGCAGCUUUAUGUGGUUUUGUCUUUGGUCGUCAAGAUCAUCUUGUUAUCAACACCUUUGGUUAUUUUCUGCAGAAAGAGGAGAACCAUGAAAAGCAAAGAUUCUGCUGUGGAAACUGAGAACGCAGAAAAAAUAUUUACAAUUUAUUCCUGAACUGAAACAAUCAGAGCUCAAAGUACAGAUGAAGAACGUAGAAGUAGGAGGAUUGUGACCUCUGGUGUUCAGAGGAGGAACUGCAUCCUGCAGAGAAGUUUCUGGUUUAUCAGUGAAGCAGGAAGAGAAGCAGAGUUAGAAACCAUCAGCAGCUCAGGAUGAAGGUCUGUCUCACUCUGAUCUGCCUCUUCCUCCUCACAGCUCUGCAGGAUGGAGAAACUCUAGGAACCUACAGAGGAAAUGAAGGAGGAAGCAUCACAGUUAGAUGUGAAUUUGGUUACUCUGGAGAGAAAACGUUCCUUUGUAAGGAAACCUGUGAAGGAGAAAAUAUUCUCAUUGAAACAACUGAAGACAGGGAUGAGAACGGCAGAUUCAGCAUCAGAUAUGAAAGAAGAAAUAUUUUUUCAUCUGAUUUUCUGUAUGUGUGGAUCACAGAUCUGAAACCGUCAGACUCAGGACGGUACCGGUGUCGCUCCGAUGAAACCUUACAUGGAACUCUAUACGAUGAUUUUUAUCUUGUUGUGAUUGAAGAUUCUUCAAAACCAAAAUGGACUCCGAGACCUUUUAUAGAAUCACCUUUUAUCCCAGCAACCUCCACAAAAACAACAAUAAAAACAACAACAGCAGCAACAGCAACAACAACUCAGAGUCAGAGUUUCUCUCCUUCUCCAUCUGAAACCAUCAAACUCUCUGAGAAACCAGCUGCAGCUCCAGAUCUGCUGCUUUAUGUGGGUCUGACUCUGGGCCUCCUGAUCGUCUUGUUAGCGACGACUUUGCUGAUUUUCUGCCAGAAGAAACGUUUCCAUCAACAGAAAGGUCCUCCGGUGAAAAUAGAGCCUGCUGACUUCACAACGAGCAACACCGUUUAUGAGGAGAUCAGAGAGGAGGACAGAGAGAACAAACCUCCUGCUGCGGAAAUAUCUUCAGUUUACGUUUGCGUCCAACCCGACAAACCAAACGCAGCUGAAAGCAACGAAAUAUACAGCCUGGCCAGUAAACCGCAGGGGCAAACUAAAGAGGAAGACAUAGAGUACUCUGAAGUGCAGCUGCCAAACGUUGCUGCCGGCUCGAACGGCCGCCAUCUUGCUGCUUCAGAUAACGUCACCUAUUCAGAUCCUCGCUUAGCUUAGCCACAACCUCUGGUAGCCAUGGCAACGGAUCACCUCCUCUUUAGUCCAUUACUGUACGAGUCUAGCUUUGCCGUGGUUCUGCUGUUUGUUUGUCCUGAGAGAAAACUCAAACUCAUUAGCUCUGUAAUUAGCCUUGAGCUAACAGUCACUAAAACUGUAAAUUUGAUUCAUUUGCUUUUGUAGGACACAUGCUGACCUGAUUUACUGGACCGUAAAAUCCAUAUAAUAUGGACUCAGACACAGUGACAAUAUCAAAAUCAGUCCACAUGGUGACUCUUUGAGAUUUUACUACAAACGCAUAACAAACUGAAUAAUCAGUUCAAUGUUUGAGUUUAAUAUGGCAGUUUUUGUUUUUCACACUGUUAACUGAGAUCACCUGCUUUGCACUUUUCUUGCCUGUAUUUUCAGUUUACAUCUGUUAGAACAGUUAGCAAAUAUUUUCAUUUUUUAAAACAUUUUCUAAUUGCUAAAUAUUUGGGCAAUUUUUAUCAUCAUUGUUGUACAUUUGUAAAAUAGGCAAAUAAAUAUUAUCUGAUGCUGGUUAUAAUAACUGUAAUUUAGUUGCACUCUGUAAAACGUAUGCAUAAAACUAUGAAGCAACUUCCAGACAAACAGCUUAAAGUUUAAAUGAAUGAGGGCAGAACUUAAAAACUUCUUCACUUUGCGGUGGAAACGGACGAAAGAGGAACUGAAACAAUGCUGCUGCACCAGCAGCUCAAAACGUGGAGCAGAAAUAUAUGUUUUAGAAAAGUACAGGAAAAAAGAAGAAUUUUUAUUGGGUAUAAUUGUACAUGCAUGUGUGGUGAUUGAAAUAGGAUUACUAACAUAGCCCAAUAUUAAACAUUAUUAAAGUUUGGUUUAUUAGAAAAGUC